AUGGCGACUACAUCUGCUGGUGAAGGAGAUCGAGAAGUCCCGAUUGCCGAGAAUCUCGAGAACCAGCACGAGCUUGAUGCCUCUUAUGACGGCGAUACGUACGACUUCAUUCGUGGAGAGACACAGACAAUCGGAUCAUCCAUCUACGCAUUUCGCAACGAGAACGGCCGCUCGUACCAUGCCUACAAAGAAGGACAGUAUUGGGGCCCGAAUGACCAACAGCAAAGCGAGCAAUUGGAUAUUGCUCACCAGGCAUAUCUGAUCUUGUUCGACAACAAGCUGUUCUUUGCGCCGCUGACAGAUCCGAAGAGGGUGCUCGACCUUGGGACGGGGACAGGAACGUGGGCAUGCGAUUUUGCUGAUGAGUUUCCCAAUGCCCAAGUCAUCGGAACAGACCUGUCUCCGAUCCAGCAUCAAGCUGUCCCACCGAAUUGCCAAUUUGAAAUAGACGAUGCCACAGAUGAGUGGACUUUCGAAAAGGACAGCUUCGACUAUAUUCACGUCAGAGGAUUCUAUGGCAGCAUAGCUGACUGGCCAGAGUUUUAUAAGAAAGUCCUGGCACACUUGAAACCCGGUGGCUAUUUCGAGCAAGUAGAGUAUAGUGUAACGUGGAUCGCUGACGAUGGAUCGGUACCAGAAGGGCACGCCUUCGAGAGAUGGUCAAAGUUGUUUGUUGAGGCAGGCGAGAAAAUAGGUCGCACCUUCCGGAUCCUGGACUUGCAGACCGACUUCAUCAAGGAAGCAGGUUUCACAAAUGUGACUGAAAGGAAGUUCAAGAUGCCCGUAGGGCCAUGGAGUAGUGAUCCGAAGCUGAAAUCAGUCGGUCGGUAUCAUCUGCUGGAAUGCUAUGAGGGAAUUGAGGGCUGGAGUAUGGCGCUGCUGACAAGGCUUUACGGCUGGUCGUUCGAGCAAGUACAAGAGUUUCUGGACGAAGUGCGGCAGGGUUUCAAGGACCGGAGUGUGCAUGCCUAUACCUCAGUGACGGUGACUUGGGCUCAAAAGCCAUCAUGA